CGAGGUGCCCAUCACAGCAGGUAUAUUUUCAAGUUACACAUGUCGAACCGUGGGAAAAGGGCAGCAGAAAAACAGCAGGCCAGACAGGGAUGUGUGGCGGGGUGCGUGGUGUUGGAACUGGAGGAAUUGUGUCUACUGCCUUUUGCCUGCUGUACAAGUUAUUCACGCUGAAACUCACUCGUAAGCAAGUGAUGGGCCUUAUAACUCAUACAGACUCCCCAUAUAUUAGGGCACUUGGAUUUAUGUACAUCAGGUACACACAACCACCUACAGAUCUAUGGGACUGGUUUGAAUCCUUUCUUGAUGACGAAGAGGACCUGGAUGUGAAGGCAGGCGGAGGUUGCGUGAUGACCAUCGGGGAGAUGCUUCGUUCCUUCCUCACUAAGCUUGAAUGGUUUUCCACAUUGUUCCCAAGAAUUCCCGUGCCAGUCCAAAAAACCAUUGACCAGCAAAUUAAAAGCAGACCUAGAAAAAUCAAGAAAGAUGGCAAGGAGGGAAUGGAAGAAAUAGAACGGCAUGUGGAACGUAGACGUUCAAGGUCUCCAAGACGAUCCAUCAGUCCCAGGAGGUCUCCCAGAAGGUCCAGAAGCAGAAGUCACCAUCGGGAACCCCAUGGAUCAUCUAGUUUUGAUAGAGAACUAGAAAGAGAAAGGGAACGGCAGAGAUUAGAACGUGAAGCGAAGGAGAGGGAAAAAGAAAGGCGGAGAUCGCGGAGCACCGAUCGCAGUCUGGAGCGGAGGCGAAGCAGGAGUAGGGACAGGUACAGAAGCCGUAGCCGAAGUCGUGACAGGAAAGAUAGAAGAGACAGGGAUAGGGAGAGAGAGAAAGAAAAUGAACGGAGUCGGAAAAAAGAGAGAGAUUAUGAUAAAGAAAGAGGUAGUGAGAGGGAAAAAGAUCGAUCUAGAGAAAGAUCGAAAGAGAGGAAAAGUAAGGGUGAUACAGAAGAGAGAAGACACAAGGAUGACAAGGAUGAGAAGAAACACCGGGAUGACAAGAGGGAUUCCAAAAAAGAGAGGAAACAUAGUAGAAGUCGAAGCCGGGAAAGAAAGCACAGGAGUAGGAGCCGAAGUAGGAACACAGGUAAGCGCAGCAGGAGCAGGAGCAAAGAAAAGUCAAGUAAACAUAAAAAUGAAAAUAAGGAGAAGUCAAAUAAACGAAGUAGAAGCAGAAGCAGAGGAAGAACAGAUAGUGUUGAGAAGUCCAGAAAACGAGAUCAGAGUCCCAGCAAAGAAAAAUCCAGGAAGCGCAGCAGAAGCAAAGACCGUUCCCACAAACACGAUCACAGUGAUAGCAAGGACCAUUCUGACAAACACGAUCGUCGAAGGAGCCAAAGUACAGAACAAGAGAGCCAAGAAAAGGAACAGAAAAACAAAGAUGAGACUGUGUGAAUUCUUUCAGAAGUGGAUCACAUUGAAUCCUAUAAAUGUUUGAUUAAAUCCUGCUUAUUUUUUCUUAAAGUUGAGAUUGUGCAGUAGUUGAUGAGCACUCUUCUCCAACCUCCCUCUAGGCUGCAGAUUGUCAUUUCCUAUUCUGGGUAGGGAAGUGCCUUUGUAAACCCAUUCAAUGCAUUGACGGUUUCAAACCAUUUGUUUAGUUUAAUUUGUAAUGCAGAGAUUGUUCUUGCAUUUUUAUUGUUCAGAUGUUUCUGAAAUGUACAGUCUGUACAUAUGUCCUGAAAAUGUUUUAAUUCCUUUGGCAUGGUUGCCAUGUUGGUUAAAUUUGUAUGAGGCAAUAAACUGCCACUAAUUCUA